UUUGUAAUGCUACAGCUGCUGCUUACGACAUUGACACGCUCAGAACAGACUGAUAGAAUUCGGUAAGCCGACAGCGAAGGGCGUAGCAGUAAACAAAUCUAUCCCAUUAGUCUGCAUACCGAAAGAUCUAUCACAUCAACCAGAUAUCGGAAAAGAAAGAAAACAUAGUGCCAUUGAUUUAGUUCAAUUAGACAUUCACAGUCAAACACCACGACCAUUCCAAACUAGAACAAUCAUUCAUCGAUAGUGUGACAUCCAUGAGCUGAUAAGAGAAGUCCACAGACAGCAUUUGGUUGGUUGGUUUGGUGGUGCUUAGGAAGAGGCUAUAAUCGCAUUCACAGAUAGUGCGUACCCGGAAGAUGACUGCUGAUUUGGAGUUGAUCAAGAAGCACAUAGGAGAGUAUCCUGACUUCCCCAAGAAAGGAAUUCUGUUCAAAGAUAUCUUCACCGCCUUACGGAGUGGUCCGGUAUGUCAGGCUCUGAAGCGGCUCAUAAUUGCACACAUUCGUGCCACCUGUCCGGACGUUCAGGUGGUGGUUGGACUCGAAGCCAGGGGUUUUCUGUUCAGUUUAAUGAUAGCGGCUGAACUGGGAAUCGCAUGCGUUCCGAUUCGAAAGAAAGGAAAACUACCCGGUGAAUGCGUCAAGUAUGAGUACAAACUGGAGUACGGAACGGACGUGUUCGAGAUCCAGCAGGGUAGCAUAUUACCAGGUCAAAAAGUGUUAAUCAUUGACGACCUGCUGGCCACGGGAGGAACUAUGGAUGCCGCGAACAAGCUGGUGCAGCAGAUUGGUGGCACUGUCGAGCAGAAUUUGGUCAUCAUCGAGCUGACCAUGCUGGGAGGGCGCGAAAAAUUGAAAGCUUCCGGAGUUAAAGUACAUUCCUUUAUUCAGUACGACGAUGUCGAGUAGCUAGAAAUCUUUAGGUUCAGAGGAUUCAGCUAUCAACUGUCAGAUUCUCAUUCUACAAUCAAUGUUCAAAUUAUUUGAACUGUUGUUGGACGUUGUUUAUGUUGCAAAUAAAUAAAGCUUAUCAAAACACAAA